UGGAAAAUAAGACUCUGAGGUAGCCAUUUGAAGUUUGGAAUCUUGUGAAACAGACUGGAGGUGCCAUGACCCAGCAGCCACAGGAGGGCUUCGACAGGAGCGUGGAGGAAGCCCGUGCGUGGAUGCAGGCUGUGCAGGAGCGGCUGCAGGUCAAUGACAACACCCAGGGGCCCCUCGAGGCCCUGGAGGCCAGGCUGCAGGAAACUGAGAAGAUCUGCCGGCUGGAGCCUGAGGGGCAGGUGAAGGUGGACUUAGUGCUGCAAGCAGCUGAAGCCCUCCUGGCAUGCUGCCCUGAGGACCAGCGGCCUGAGAUCCUGGCCCGGCUGAGGGGCCUCAAGGACCAAUGGGAGGAGACUGUCACCUACAUGACUCACUGUCACAGCCGCAUCGAGUGGGUCUGGCUGCACUGGAGGGAGUACUUGCUGGCCCGGGGCGAGUUCUACCGCUGGUUUCAGAAGAUGGUGGUCACGCUGGAGCCCCCAGCUGAGCUGCAGCUGGGCCUGAAGGAGAAGCAGUGGCAGCUGAGCGAUGCCCAGGUGCUGCUGCACAACGUGAAGAACCAGGCUGAGCUCUUGGACAGGCUGCUAGAGGAGGCGGCCUCCCUGUUCAAUCGGAUCGGGGACCCCAGUGUAGAUGAGGACGCACAGAGGAGGAUGAAGGCGGAGUACGACGCAGUGAAGGCCAAAGCUCAGGACCGUGUGGACCUGCUGGUGAGGGUGGUCCGGGAGCACGAGGAGUACCAGGCGGGCGUGGACCAGUUCCAGCAGUGGCUGAGGGCGGUGGUGGAGAAGCUGCAGGCCUGCGCGGGCGGUGGUUGUCCGCUGUCCACCGAGCACCGCCUCUCUGCGCUGCAGGACAUUGCCAAGGACUUCUCCCAGGGUGAGGCGUCCUUGAGGAGGCUGGAGGUGUGUUCUGUGGGCGUCAUACAGAACACCUCCCCCAUGGGCGCGGAGGAAAUUGCCAGGGAGCUGGAGGAGAUGCGGAAGGCCCUGGAGAAGCAGCGGGUCCUCUGGGAGGAGGAGGAGGCACAGCUGCAGGGCCUGCUGUCAUCCAAGGGUGCCCGUGAGCAGCAGCUGCGGCGGCUGGAGGCCGAGCUUGGAGAGUUCCGGAAGGGACUCCAGAGGCUGGCCCAGGGCGGGCUGGAGCCCUCAGCGAUGGCAUCGGCAGCAGGGACUGAAGAAGAGCUGGUGGCCCGCUGGAGGCUUUACUCGGCAUCGCGGGCGGCGCUGGCCUCUGAGGAGCCACGGGUGGACCGGCUGCAGGCCCAGCUGAAGGAGCUUGUCGCCUUCCCUGACCUGCAGCCACUCUGUGACAGUGUGGUGGCCGCCAUUCAAGAGUACAAGAGCAUGAAGGGGAAGAGUGCCAAGCUGCGCAAUGCCACCCGGGUGGAGCUGUGGCAGCACUUCCAGCGACCCCUCCACGAUGUGCAGCUGUGGCGGGCCCUGGCCCAGCGGCUCCUGGAUGUCACCGACAGCCUGCCAGACCUGCCCUCCGUCCACACCUUCCUGCCCCAGAUCAAGGCGGCCCUCGCGGAAAGCUCCCGCCUGCAGGAGCAGCUGGCGGCGCUGCGGCUGAAGCCAGAUCUGCUGAGCGGCAUCUUCGGCCCCGAGAGAGCCGCGGGCCUCCUGGAGCGGGUGGCCGGCUGCGCGCAGGACAGAGAUGCGCUGCACAGCGGCCUCCUGCGGAGGAAGGGCAAGCUGCAGAGUUUGCUUGCUCAGCACAAGGACUUUGGGGCUGCCUUCGUGCCCCUGCAGAGGAAGCUGCUGGACCUGCAGGCCAAGCUCCAAGCUGAGAAAGGGCUUCAGCGGGACCUGCCAGGCAAGCAGGCCCAGCUCCAGCGGUUGCAGGGCCUGCAGGAAGAGGGGCUGGAGCUGGAGGCGCAGGUAGAGGCCGUGAGGUGUCUUGUCCGGGAGGAUUCCAGCCACCAGCACAAAAUGGACCAGCUUUCCUCUGACUACCAGGCCCUGCGCAGGUCCCUGGAGGACCUCGUGGACAGGUGUCAGCAGAGUGUGCGGGAGCACUGCGCCUUCAGCCACCAGCUCCUGGAGCUGCAGCAGUGGGUCACCACGGUCACACGGACGCUGGAGUUGCACCGAGGGGAAGAGGGCCCGUGGAAUGCCGAGGCCCGAGAGGCUGGCAUAGAGUCACUGCUGGCUGAGCUCCCGGAGAAGGAGGCCGGUAUGGCCCUGGUAGAGGCGCACGGCCGGCUGGUGAUGGAGAAGUCUUCUCCAGAGGGCGCGGCCGAGGUCCAGGAGGAGCUGAGGGAGCUUGCCGAGUCCUGGCAGACCCUGCGGCUGUUGGAAGAGGAGGUGCUGAGCCUCAUCCGAAACCGGCAGCUGCAAAGCACAGAGGUGGACUCUGGGAAGAAGCUGGUUUUCACCAACAACAUCCCGAAGUCAGGCUUCCUCAUCAACCCCCUGGAUCCCAUCCCCAGACGCUGGCGCCGGGCAAAUCUGCUUGAGGAAGAUGAAGGCAGCCGUGAAGAUUUCUCCCAGCUCCUGAGCAACUUCGAGCAGUGGCUGCAGGAGGAAAAAUCCAAGCUGGUUAGAAUUAUUGCAAUGAGAGCCACGUCAGCCCAGGACGUGAGGGCCAGAGAGGCAAAGCUACAGGAGCUGCAGGCGCGAGUCCCAGAGGGCCAGCAUCUCUUUGAGACUCUUCUUCAUCUCAGGCCCUCGAGGGCGGCCUCUGAGGAGCUGGAAGACCUGCGCUACCGCUGGAUGCUGUACAAGUCCAAGCUCAAGGAUGCUGGCCACCUGCUGUUGCCGAGUUCUCCAGGGGAGCAGAGUAGAUUCCAGAAGGUGCGGUGGUGGCGUGGCCCGUGCUCUCUGCUCCGGAAGGCGUGCUGUGCGGUGCUCUGGUUGCCCCUGCUACUCCUGCUCUUCCUGCUGCUGCUCUUCCUGCUGCCGGCCGGGGAGGAGGCCCACGGCUGCACGCGGGCCAACAACUUCGCGCGGUCCUUCACGCUCAUGCUGCACUACAACGGCCCCCCGCCCACCUAGCCCGCCGCGGGCACACGGCUGACCUUCUCUUCCAACCUCUGCAGUCCCGGGGCUGCUCCGAAGGCUCCAGCUGGAGAAACUGGAGACGGUGGACCAGAGACUGCAGCCUGCUUGGCGUAGAUACUGCAGCCAGGACCCCGGGACAACCUUCCUUUUUAUACAACGUUCUCUUUGUCUAUUUAUACCAUGGGCAGCUAGGGGAACAUGUACAGAAUUUUUAUAUGCUCGCUAUGUAAAGGCUUAGUCCAUAUAAUUUUAUAUAUGAUGCCUAUUUGUAGCUAGGGACAUCCCUAGCAGCUUCUCCUGUGGGAUUUUGUGACCUUUGUGGCCUUGGUCUGUGGUCAGUUCUGCAAAGCAGGAACACUUUGUGUCACUUUGGUGGCCGCCCCUUACCAGGAAGCCAACGCCCAACCCAGAUGGUGAGGAGCCCAACAGCUGCUGGAGCAGAGCUCGGAGCGUCUCACUACACACAGUGAGAUGGUUUUUAAACCACAAAGAUUUAGUGUAUGGACUGGAAGGAGAAAUAGGAAUGAGCAGAGGCAGGUAGGCGACAGGGAGACAACGACACCAAGCAGGAGCUCCACAUCUUCUGAUAGCGCAGGCCAGCGCGGGUGUCCCAUUGAUACGGGGCCUUCAGUAGCGGUUAGGAGUGGCUGCUCCGGGAGGAAGGGGAAGGCGGUCGGCUUGGUUUCUCAUUUCCAAGCACAAGGGGCAGACUUGGGGGCCCCUGAGAGUCCAGGGAGCCAGGUCACCUGUGUGAACAGCACUAAGCUCACAACCUGGGCUGAGGGGGAGGGGAAG